AUGAGGCUUUGUACAGGGCUCAUCGUGUUGUGGCUAUAUGCGGCUGUUGUGGUACACGCCUACGGAUCGGGAGAGGAACGUGAACGAACCAGUCAACUAUUAGAGAGUACCCCCACGACUGAAGCCACGACGACAUUGACGAUCGACGCCGCAAAGGACCGAGUUUUCAAUAAGACUAUUGCAGCGCAGUUCAACACGCUACUUGAGAAAGAGUUUGACGAAGAGCAGCUCGAGGUGGGAGGUACCACACCUGGUGCCGGGAGGAGUUUCAGUGACUCCGUUCGAAAUGAGGGAGCAACGCUUGAAACGGUGGUCCGCCUUCAUAGACCUCGUGGCAGUGACGUGCCAACAGAAAUUUUUCAUGACAAGAAAGUCUCAGAAGAAACGGAGCAAAUUUCCCCACAGGUCGCAGCAGAAGACGCUUUGAGUGAUACCGCUAGUAGCGUAGACACUUUAGAUAGAGGACGAGAAGUGGCAGGAUCCGGUGUCGAUUCAAAGGAUGGGCCUCAAGUAAACAAACGAGAAGGUACACUAUUUACUCAACUUGUUAGCGUCAAACGCGAUAUAAACAAGGUUUUAUCCAAUGAAGAAAUUGACAACGAUGUUGACCGUUUAGUUGACUCAGCGGACAAUGAAUUCGUGAUAUCUAAUCCUAAGAGGGGAACAAUGGAGCUGCAGCAGGAUUUGCGAUUGAUAAACGAUCUUGUUAUCAUGCUAUGUUCGGCGGCGUUGGGGGGCUCAACCUUUGCGCUUCUCAGGCAACCUCUAAUCACUGGCUAUCUUGUGGCGGGCUCACUUGUUGGUCCGGGUGGUUUGGGCAUGAUAGUGGAGCUCGUUCAAGUCGAGACUUUUGCGCAAUUUGGCAUCAUUUUUCUCCUUUUUGGGUUAGGCCUUGAGCUCAACGUGUCAAAUCUCCGGCAAGUUCACAUUGUGGCCGUGUAUGGUGGUGCACUUCAAAUGCUACUUUCCAUGCUCGUCUGCGGUGUAAUUAGUGAUUUCGCGGGCGCAUCUGCUAAGGAGGGGAUCUUUGUCGGUGCUUUUCUGUCUGUGAGCUCAACGGCUGUAGUGAGUAAGAGCCUUCUUGAACGGGACGAUCUCCAUACAGCGACUGGGCAAAUUACUAUGGGUACGCUAAUACUACAAGACUGCGCAACUGGCUUACUAUUCGCUCUUAUCCCGGUCUUGGGCAGUAGUGAGGGUGUCGGUUCGACGUUUUUAAGCUUUGUCAAUGUUCUGAUGAAGAUGAUAAUAUUUAUGCUAGUAUGCACAGUGCUCUCUGGGAUAGUGACUACGAGGUUGUUCAGAUUCGCCUCGUCAUAUGGUGAUGAAAGCUAUCAACUCACAGGUGUAGCUUUCUGUCUGCUCGUAGCUCGCAUUACGGAAAGGUUCGGGCUUUCCAUGGAGCUUGGUGCAUUUCUCGCUGGGGUCGCGGUGUCGGCAACCCCAUAUGCCGAAAAGACUCUUCAUAGUCUCGAACCCUUUCGUAACAUCUUUACCGCGCUUUUCCUCACUUCAAUUGGUCUCAUCAUGAAUCCGCACUUUCUAUGGUUGCACUUGGACGUACUACUUCUGUCGGUCUGCUCUCUAGUUAUAUUUAAGACGACAUUGAUUGCUGUCGUCGUGCGCGCCUUCGGGUAUAACACGUAUACGAGCUUCACUGUUGGAGUAUCGUUGGCGCAAGUGGGAGAACUUUCGUUCGUGCUCCUUUCAAGGGCUUCUGCGGUCAAUCUAGUUGAGCGAAAGUUAUACCUUUUACUCCUUGGAACGACAGCUCUGAGUCUUGUGCUAACACCUACCCUCUUCAGGGUGACACCUGGCAUAUUGAGAGUCGCCACUGCUGCUCACUUUAUCAACCAAGACGACCAGUCCCUGCCUUCGCACAAGUCUUAG